UCUCUUCCGGUGUGGACGCUCGCUCGGCCCCGCCACAUCCGUUUGCCCUGCGUCUGGCGGUUGCCGGGCCAUCACGGGAGGACUCGGACGCCGCAGACGCCGGGCCACAAUGGAACCAUUGACCUUCAAGGAUGUGGCCAUCGAUUUUUCUGGAGAGGAAUGGGAAUGCCUGAACUCGGAACAGCAGACUCUGUAUAAGGACGUGAUGCUGGAAAACUACAGGAACCUGGUCUUCCUGGGUCUUGCUGUGUCUAAGCCAUACCUGGUUACCUGUCUGGAGCAAAGGAAAGAGCCCUGGAAUGUAAAAAGGCAAAAGACCAUGAUCUUGUUCCCAGCUGUGUUUCCUCAUUAUAACCAACACUUUUCACCAGAGCAGAACAUAAAGUAUUCAUUCCAGGAACUGAUCAGUGGAAGCCAUAGAAAUGGUGACGUUGACAAUUUGUGCUCCAGAGAAGAAAGGGAACAAAUAGAGGGGCGUGAAGUUCCAAAAACGUAUUAUAAUGGGUAUAACCCGUUUGUAACAACUGAUAGUAGGGGAAGCUUUACUCCCAGUAGACAGCAAGAAUCUGAAAUGGCUCAAGAAAACCCUCAGGCUCUGCCUGUUACUUGUGAACAGCCGUGUGCUUCUGUCAGUAAACAUCAGAGUCAGUUUUUGAACUGCACCUCUUCUUUCAGAGAUAGUUUGGGAGAUACAGAGCGGGGUCUCGCCCAUCCUUCAGCUACUGCCUUCAGCAGUUUCAGAUGUAGCUUUGGGUUAAGCUUUCAUUCAAACCUUUUUGUAGAUGGGGAACUUAAAAAUGAAGAAAAAAAAUCUAAAUGUAAUCAAUUUGAGAACUCCAUUAUGAAAAAUUCCUUAAUAUAUAAUCCACAAAUAGGUCUUUCAUGUGCCAAAACACAGAAUUUCCAUAAAUACGGCAGGUUCUUUACACAUCCAGUAUCACCUAAUCAAAAUUCAAGUACAGAUAUUUUAGAAAUCCAGUAUAUAUGUAAAGAAAAUAGGAAGGCCUUUACUGAGGAGUCUGCCUUAAAUAAUCACCAGGGCACGUUUAUUGGAGAGACAGUGUACCAGUGCAAUGGAAACGACAGUGACUUUACCCAUGAGCCAAAUCCCGCAGACCAGCAGUCUGCUCAUUUCCCAAAGGACUUUUACAAAUGCUGCAAAUGCGACACCGUCUUUCAUCAAUACUCAGAACUUAUCAUCCACCAAUAUAUCCAUAUUCAAGAUCAGAUUUCCAAGGGUAUGGAUUGUAACACAGCUUUCAAUAAAAGUUCCAGCCUUCCUAGAAAUCAUACUGGAGAAAAACCCUACAAAUGUAAGGAAUGCGGCAAAGCCUUUACCUAUUGUUCCAGCCUCAGACAGCAUCAUAGGAUUCAUUCUGGUGUCAAACAUCACAAAUGUAAAGAAUGUGGCAAAGCCUUCUACCAUAAGUCACUCCUUACGCAACACCAGAGCAUCCAUGCCGGGAAGAAGCCCUACUGCUGUAAAUUUUGUGGCAAAGCAUUUAAUCAGAGAUCAACUGUUACUCAACACCAGAGGAUUCAUACUGGAGAGAGGCCCUACCAUUGUAAAGACUGUGGCAAAGCUUUUCACCAAAGGUCAAGCCUUAGCCUACACCAGAGAGUUCAUACUGGAGAGAAGCCCUACAAAUGCAAAGAAUGUGGCAAAGCCUUCAACCGUAAUUCUCUCCUUACUCAACACCAGAGGAUUCAUACUGGUGAGAAGCCCUACCAUUGCAAAGAUUGUGGCAAAGCUUUUAAUAAAAAAUCAAGCCUUACUCAACACCAGAGAAUUCAUACUGGAGAGAAACCCUAUUCUUGUAAAGAUUGUGGCAAAGCUUUUAAUCAAAGAUCAAGCCUCAGCCUGCACCAGAGAGGUCACACUGGAGAGAAACCCAAUAAAUGUAAUGAAUGUGGCAAAGCCUUCAACCGUGUGUUCUUCCUCACUCAACACCAGAAAAUUCAUACGGGAGAGAAGGCUUACCACUGUAAGGACUGUGGCAAAGCUUUUAAACAGCGCUCAAGCCUUACCCAGCACCAGAGAGUUCAUACCGGGGACAAGCCUUACCUCUGUAAGCACUGCGGGAAGGCUUUUACUCAGAGGUCAAGCUUUACUCGGCACCAGAGAAUCCACACCGGAGAGAAGCCCUACAAGUGCCAAGACUGUGACAAAGCUUUCAGCCGCAACCUCCUUCUAAUCCAACACCAGAGAAUUCACACCGGAGAGAAACCGUACCACUGCCAAGACUGUGGCAGAGCGUUUAAUCAAAGAUCGAGCCUGACUCAGCACCAGCGGGUUCAUACUGGGGACAAGCCCUUCUGCUGUAAGGACUGUGGCAAGGCAUUCACUCAGAGGUCAAGCUUUAACCGGCACCAGAGAAUCCACAGCGGAGAGAAGCCGUACAAGUGUAAAGCGUGCGAGGGUACCUUCAGCUGCAGCUCCCGCCUCGCUGAGCACCAGUGCGCUUCCUUAGGCAGCUGCUUCCAAGACACAAAGUUCCUCCAGUAUGUGUGAGUUUACCGUUCUGUUACAGCCAGCUCGCAGACCGUAGGAUUCAUUGUUAGACCUGUGAUGUGUUUUAUAUAAAAGAUACUUCUUCUGUUGUUGCAAUUCUGGGAAUCUGUGGAUUCCCAGAAUAUCACAUUCUGGUUUAAUUGAGUAAUAGUUUUCUUUCUUGUCAUUUUGUCAAGUGGUUCUGUGUUAAUUGCAUUCUCAGAUGUAUUUCCCACAAUGUAAACAUAAAACAUAUACGCUGUUA